AUGGAGACGGGGGGACUGAGGAAAGAUCAGAGACGCCCGAAUGACCCAAGCCAGAAAGACCGAGACGGAAACCCGGUCUGCACCCCUUUGAGCAAACUAGUGGCGAAGGUAUUGCAAUAUGCCCAGGCUUGUCAUAUGAUACAGUUGCUCGCGCCAUCGGAAGACGGACCUAACAAGGACAUGUAUUGCGCGUACCACCGCAACCGGGGACACGACACUGAGGAAUGCCAUGUUUUGAAGGGCCUGAUCAAUGAUUUGUUACAGACCGGCGAGUUGGCUCAGUUCAUCGAGAAGAAGAAGAAAGGUCGUCGGGGAUGGAAAAAGUUCUUCAAGAAGUCAGACAAAGAUAAAAAGGAGAAAGACCCCGAGCAAGAUCGAGAGCCUCCGCCGUCCGGGUCGAACCUUGUUGAAGAGGCCAACCCCGAGAAAAGGCCGAAGUUGGAGCCGAUUACUUUCACAGACCAGGAUCUACCGACUAGUGCAGAUUGUGCAACCGAGGCCUUGGUCGUGACCAUAGACAUCAACGGCGCUGAUGUCCAAAGGGUAAUGGUGGACACCGGGUCAAGCAUAGUAAAUGUCAUGUAUCUGGAGGUCUUUAAGAAACUUCAGCUGGACCGAUCUAAGUUGGCCCCGGUCAGAACCCCAUUAUCUGGUUUCACGGGGCCAUGGUACACUCGGAGGGAGUUGUCCGCCUGCCGAUAG